ACCGAUUUGUCCCACUAAUACUGACGUCAUCCGAAAUUGAAUGGGCCUCUGAAAAAAAACUGUGUUUCACAUCUUCCACUGAUGACAUUAAUGGCAGGCGACACCAAACGCCCACGCGUGUGUAACAGUAUGACAUUACAAUGGUCUCGUUUACAGCACAGACAGCCUACUUCACUUGUGCGCCUACAUCAUAAAGGAAGAACCGGCAGAAGACGUUUACGGUCUAUACAUUUCUCACAGGAAUAACCAGACUAUUACUGAAAACCAUGCACGUGGCUUCAGCAAACAUUCUCAAUCUGUAUAUGAGUAAAAUGAGUAAAAAGCGUUGCCACAACUGAGAUGGUACUUGUGGACAAAACAUCAAGGGCAAGAAUUUCUAAGGCGGGUAUAAAAAGGGAGCGCGCGCCUGUCACGGGCGCUCUCGCCUCAGAUUAAAUCCCACGGUUGUCCAAGAGCGUUUUGAACCUUUCAAGAUUAGGGAAGGAGCAGACAUGGCCGACUCGCUAAGGAGGCUAGUGAACACAUCUUCCUUCAGCGUUCUACAGGACAAACUUGAGUCCUGGUACAAGGACUACCAUGUCAUCUCCUGUGAUCAGAAUCUGAACAGGUGCUGUGAAUUGGUGGAGCUCACCUCCAAGAUACAGGGUCAACUCUUCACCAUCCUCAACCUCACUGCUAGAGAGGGUGGUCACUAUGCAGGAGUGGAUGUGCUCAAGUCACGCCUGCUGCCUUGGUUGGGGACCUGUUUCUCCAUGGCAACCUCCUCUGUCACCAACGACACCAGCCUCAACCUCAUCCAGGAGUCUGUGGAGAAGGAGAGGAGAAUCAGGGAGCUGUCUGCCUCCCAUGAGAACGACAUGCAGAAGAUGGAGACUCAGCUGUGCUCCACUCACCUGCAGCUGGACACUGUCAAACAGGAACUGGCGGAUGCUCAUCUGCAACUGGACAACACCAAAAAUAUGUCAGCCACAACUCUGCUGGCCACAGAGGAUGAGAUACUACAGCUGAAAGCAGAGUUGCGUGCGGCCCGUGACCAGGUGGAGACCUAUAAGAGGAAGCUGGAUGUUCUGGAUGACUAUGAGAGGCAGGUGCGUCUGCUGAGGGAUGAGGUGUCUUUCCUCACAGCAGAGAAGAGCAUGCUGCAGGAGAGGUUGGUGAGGAGUUGUUCCCCCAGCCCCCUGCCCAGACAGAGCCGCCCCUCCAGCCCGCUGAAGAGUGAGUCUCCCACCCGGGCCCAGCUCACCAAUUCGUCCCGCCACGCCAGGCUGGUGUCCCGCUUCAGUGACUUGUAUGCUGUGGAGCGCCUGGAGGCCCAGAGUCUGCUCCGACGCUACAUAGACGACCUGGAGAUGGUCCAGAGAAUCAUCUUCAUUGCCACUGUGGAGGCCUUCCACGCUGCCAAGCUGGCCUACCGUCAAUUCAAGCUGCGAGUGAAGAAGACCCUGUCCCCCUCCCACCUGGGGCCAGAGACCCUGGAGGACUCUGUGGUGGACUAUGUCGUCAGGAACCUGGACCUCUACGACGUGCAGGCCAGUGUUAAUGACGUGAUCAACGCCAUGAAUGUAAACCCACGGAUCUCCUUCCCACCGGAGGUGGACUUUGUCCUGAUCAACAGCUUCAUCCGGGAGACAUGCAGAGUGGCCUUCGCCAUGCAGACACUGGACCCUCCUCUGGACCUGGCUUUCACCAGCGGUGGAGAACUCUACAGCGACAACAAGUAUCGUCGUAGCUAUGACUCUGAGUUUACUGCUCCUCUGGUGGCGUACCAUGUGUGGCCAGCACUGGUGGAGGGGGACGGUGUUAUAGUGAAGGGAGAGGCUGUCACCAGGAGAGGAGCUCUGUGGAGGAGCAGAAGCAGGAGCUGCAGUCCUGUUCGCUCUGGCAGCCCCACACGCACUCUCGGGUUUAGUCGCAGUAGAAGCCCCUCUCCCGGACGUCUCUCUGCCAGUCGCCUGUAAACCCUAACUGACCACUGAGUUACAAAAGGAAAACAACAUUCUACACAUCUAUUUCAUGCUUACAACAAAGACCGAUUUUUAGCUUUAAUGGACUGGAUCCUGUCGUUAUUUGUCAGUUGUGCUGACUUGAUGUUAAGUAGUUAGACUCCGUGUCAAUAUGGACAUUGGUCCAGGGUUUACAGUAUUCUGGAGAGAAGUUCCAUGCUACCAUUACAGUAUCCAGAAGAGUCUGGCAGCUGGUCCUUUCAGAACAAUCCUUUCAGGGUGCUGUAGCAGCACGUGACAAGGCUGUGUGUGUGUGUGUGUGUGUGUGUGUGUGUGUGUGUGUGUGUGUGUGUGUGUGUGUGUGUGUGUGUGUGUGUGUGUGUGUGUGUGUGUGUGUGUGUGUGUGUGUGUGUGUGUGUGUGUUUAAUCUAUGCUCAUUAUCUUAGUGAUUCUUAACUGCGCACUAUGCAAAACCAGGAUGAUUGUGUGUUUGACCGUAGUGUAACUUUUUAAGGACAUUUAGACCUGCACAGUAUCAUUUUCUGACACUGUUGUAGUUUAGGUUUUAUCUUUAACCUCAAACCUUGAUAGACUCUGGGUUAUAAGGCCUAUAAUGAAUACAUUUUAAUGUAAGUCUUAGCCUGCUUAUAAACAAUGUGAAUAUGUUGCUAGGUUUUCUUUUGUAAGACACAUGGUGCUAAAGUUCAGUCACAACUGUUCAACUCCACAAAAAACUAGAGAGAUGGGUAUUGCUGAGAAUAAUUAUUAAGCAUACAGUUUGUAAAGUAAUCAGUUCCUGUGUACGUUUCUUUUUUUGGUGUUGUGAUAUUAGAUAGAUGUGUGGUUUGGAUGGAUUUGGCGCAAUAGAAGGGAUUUAAAGUGAUACAAAACAUCUUCUGUAACUUCAAAUGGUUGACUUGAGAAAAUAUGCCUUUUUUGUUAGUCCUAAUGAAGUUGCUUACUAUCUACUGUACGCACAAGAUCCAAAAGAAACAUAUACCAUAUUUAGGAUAAUUGUUAGGCUGUAAUCAAUGAAAUGUGGAGCCUAACUAUUUUUCACUAUUUUAAACGUCGUGUCUUUGGCAGCUGAAAUCAUUAUACAGUCUAAUCUUUCAUUUAGCAUUAAACAGUGUGUUGUGAUAAACAAAAAAACUUGGACUUAAAUAUAUAUCAUGUUAUUGUGCUGUUCUUGUUACAGAAUCUAAAAAACAAAAUUAUUCACCAAGAGAUUGUGCCUUUUUAUAGAACUAAUAAUUAAAUAAAUCUGAAAAAAAGGUUACUAUCAA